AACCGUAACUACUUCCGGUUUGUGUCCGUUGUUUGUGUAGUAAAUUUUUUUGUUCAGCUGCAAGAAUCGAACGAGAACUUCAGAACUACAACAGAACUGCUAAUUCUAUUCACACUUCUUAUUAUUUUGUAUUUGAACCGUGUGGUUGUUAGGCACUUCAUUUUAGUUUCGAGAAGGAGGUUUGUUGAAACUGCACCUUUUGACGUGCAUCAUUAUGUCAAAUCCAGCCACCGAUCCCAAGCCCGUGGAAGAUGCGCAAGGAGAUGGUCGCUGGAUGAGCCUGCACAACUCAUUCUUGCAUGAUGCCAAGGAGAAGGAACCAGAAGUUGUUCUCAUUGGGGACUCUCUCAUAGCUCUCAUGGCACAGUCCAGGCUGUGGAAAGAGAUGUUUGAGCCUUUGCACUGCCUGAACUUUGGCAUCGGCGGCGACAACACGCAGCACGUCCUGUGGCGUGUGCUCAAUGGAGAGCUGGACCAGGUGCAACCAAAGGUGAUUGUGCUGUUGGUGGGGACCAAUAACCACUCGCACUCCGCGGACCAAGUCGCUGAAGGUGUCCUGGCCGUCACUCGGGCCAUCCAGGAGAAGCAGCCGGCCUCCCAUCUCAUCGUCAUUGGUCUCCUACCUCGAGGUCAGCAGCCCAACCCGCUGCGAGAGAAACACUGUGCCGUCAACAAGCGGCUCGCCGAGGAGCUGGAGGGCCGGGCGAUGACCACCUUCCUCCGGGUGGAAGACAAGGAGUUCAUGUCCGCCGAGGGCACCAUCCCCCGCAACGUCAUGUACGACUUCCUGCACCUGACCAUGGACAAGGGCUACCAGAAGCUGUGCGAGCCCCUCCUGGAGGAGAUACAGAACCUGCUGGGGACCUACGUCAAGGUGGAGAGCACGUCGUUUGACACGUCCUCCAUGGCCGGCGAGUUCGAUUCUGCAGGGCCCAAUUAAUGAGUUUACAGAGGGGAGGGAGGUUCACGUUUUCUCUCUCAAUGUGUUUUAUAUAUAUACGUGUAUAUAUAUAUGUGUAUGUAUUGUGUAUGUGGGUGACCCAUUGGGUUCUCUUGUCUAAUGUGGUGCUUUCCCCCCCCCGCCAUGCUUCAAUGCUGAAAUCCUAAUGUUAUAAAAUGAGAGCAUACUGAAGUUGGAGAUUAGCCUAAACCUUUUUUUUUUUAAACAGAUUUUGAGGUUGGUAAGCACCGUCUUUGUAAACGAAGUAUCAAAAGAAAAACCCCAGAACUGUUGUAUUUGGCUCAUCUUCCCUUCUUCAUUUAAGCAAAUGGGAUCGGAAAGUAUUUGAGGUCCCCCUGGGUGAGCGCAAGAUUGACCGUCGUCUGCUGUGUUUGGCUUCAGCGUGUAGCGCGGGUCUGAAACGUGUUAGACAUAUGGUAAAUUAUAUAGGUCAAAUAUACAUAUGCAUAUAUAUAUAUAUAUAUCUAUGAAGACAAAUGUUUAUGUAGUGGCUGCAAGAUUUUGGUUGCUUUUUUGAUCUUCUGGCUACAAGCUUCUGUUUUGAUUGAUAUCAAGCUCAUACACGUGUGACAAAGAUGCUUCAUUCCAGGUGAGAUGAUGUAUGCUAGAAGCAAAUAGAGUGAAUGUUUGAAGAUAAGUUAUUUCCAAAUUGGCGUGAGCAUUUCUUUUUAUUUGCUCUAAUCAUUAGAAUAAUGUGUAUGGGAGUGGGGAAUGAGAGGAUGAUAUAAUAAAACUAGUGAUAGUGUUAUGCUCACUGAAUUUUGCUCAUUUAGUGGUCUUGUUCAAAAUGCUAGGUGCAAUGAGUUUUUUUCCUGAUGUUGCUUGGUCAAACACCUGAGUUGUAAGUCUUAAUGUUUUGCCGUAUGAUUUACCCUGAAGAGGCCGUUGUCGGACAAUGACGGAUGAACUGUCAUAUCAUACCUUGGAAAGACGGGGUUGGCAAAGGAUUAGAAUUUGUUUUGGAGAAGUUUCCGCAAAAAUUGUGUGUCGAAGAAAAAAAAAAGCAUCGUGAAUGUCAUGCCCGCUAAAGGCUUGGAUAUGAGCAUUGUUGUUUUGUCUGAAGCUGUAAAUAAUUUUAUUGAUGAUAAAAGAGGCUGAUGCCAAUAGCACAACAAGGGCAGAAGACAGUGUACAUUGUUAAUUUGUCUGUAGGGUUAAUUGCCAUAUAUGAAAGACUUUACUGACUUGUAAUAACGUUGGAAGACAUGAGUUGGUCAGGAGAAACACAAAUUGCAAUAUAUAUAUUAUAUUUUGGGGAGUAUGCUGUUAACAGUAUUAUCUGUCACAAGGUGAAGUUUAUGUUGUAGUCCUCGACUUGGAGAAGGUAUAAGAAACCUUUUAGUGGGCUCUGCUCAACACAUCUUUGUGCUUAUAUAGCAGUCUGUCAGCCCGUCUCUCUCUCUUCCUCUCCUUCUCCCCCCUCCCUCCCCCUCUUUCUCUUCAUCCCCCUCUCAAGCUCUCCCUCUGUCUCUCCAUCCCCCUCUCAAGCUCUCCCUCUGUCUCUCCGUCCCCUUCUCAAGCUCUCCCUCUUUCUCUCCAUCCCCUCUCAAGCUCUCCCUUGUCCCUCUCCCUCUGUCUCUCCGUCCCCCUCUCAAGCUCUCCCUCUUUCUCUCCGUCCCCCUCUCGAGCUCUCCCUCGUCCCUCUCCCUCUGUCUCUCCGUCCCCCUCUCAAGCAAUGUUUGUGUUUCCACAGCUGAUGAGGUACACAGGAGUAGCUUGUGUGGGAGACAAAAAAGCAAACUCUGUAAAGACUUUCGGGUCGUGCUUUGCUCUUUGUGUGUCACUUUGGAUUUGAUGGAUUCGGAGUCUCUAUCCAAACUUGACGAAUCGUUAUGUUAUAGGAUUCAGAGUCUCUAUCCAAAUUUGACGAAUCGUUAUGUUAUAAAUAGGAUUGUACAGUUGUAUGUUUCAAAAUGUGUUGGUUUUUUGUGGGAUUUUUUAUUGUUUAUAUCAUAUGAACUGCUUAGUGUGAGACUCCACAAUACGCCAUUUUGAAAAGUGAUGUUUGACUGAGUCUUAUCACUGAGCAGUUGAUAUGUCUGUGUAUACUUUUAUGGACAAAGUUGGCUUGGAUAUCCUGUGUUUUCCACCUCUGAAAGAAAAGAUUAUUGUUGUUGUUUUGUUUUGUUUUUUCUAUUUCCAGUGUGUACAAGAUGUGGGAAUAGAUGGACAUCCAUUGUUAGGACUUGCCUUUUUUUUUUCAGCCGCAUAAAAAUGUUUGAAUUUUGUCUUUUUCCUUAGUGUGGGGUUUUUAUCAUUUCCUUGUGUGUACCUGCAGAUAUGUUACUGUUGUGAAAACUACUCAUUGUUCAGUGUGAAUGUUGUAAGCUGCCGUAGUUUGUGAAGUUUGGAGACUGUGCUCUUUUCCAGCUGCUCAUGUCCUAGAACUAGAAGAACUAGUGGUCAGUUACGCUGAGUGAUAUCAAUACAUUCAACGGUGCUCAGAGUCUCCUGGGAUUAGGCACUAUGCGAAUUCCUGUUGUUUUUGUUAUUAUUAUUAGUAGUAUUAAUAUUAUUAUUGGUUUUAUUUUAAUUUGCCAACCAAUGUUUUGUUCUGAGCACGAUGCAGAGUUGAGCGGAGCAGUCAGUGUCAUGUACUGAAAUGUAUAACAAUACGGUAGCUGUUCUUUUGAAAAUCUGCACACGGACAAAGUGUCUCACUCAUUUGAAUAUUUUCCUUUGAUAAAGGCUCUGGGCUACCGGCGUAUUGAUGAAACAGUUAGGUUCUUUACUGUAGUACGCAGAAGACCUCUGUUUGAUUCCCAUUUGAGGAGAGUUUUUAUUGAUUAUCCUGGUCUGUCUACCGGGACGUUGUUUCCCUGUCGGCCCGGAUUGUUUCUGACUAGCAGAGUGAAAGUCGGAUUUGUUCACGAUCUUAAUCUUAAUACGUCGAAGGAGAUGUUUAACUUUUUUUUUUUGUACGAAAAGAAAAAAGAGUCUUGACUGGUCCAUCAUUCCUCACCCAUCGAAUGACCAGUUGACAUGCCCUGUUGUAGACUCCCAGUCCAUCGGUUCUCUCUGUCUGUAGUGGGCUUGCCCUGUGGAUUGCAUUCCUCUGUCGUUUACUUUGUUUACCCGAUGCUUUACGAUGCUGAUCGUUUUACGGACAUUCCACCCCUCUGGAUUGCAAGGUCUCGUCUUGUAUGCAACAUAUAUAGAGGUCUUAGAUGUGUUUUCAUUCUCUACUUAUUGUGAAUUCAAUUGGUAAGCAGUGCGGAUGUAUUGGCAGGUGUAGACGUUAUGUAUAGGGAUUUAAUUAAUUUUUUUAAAUUGUGUGAAAAGGGGAAUCUGGUUUGGUUUAAAUAAUUUAACUGACUUUUUUCUCAUUUUCGAGAAAAUUUUGUUGUGAUUGGUCCAUUACGAGUUUCAGUGCAAGUUUUUAAAAAAUACUUUCAAAACACUGACAUUUAGAUAUGCUUGGGAAAAAUACAGCAUCAAGUAACCCUUUGGAUGCUCAACGAGACAUUAUAAAUAUAUUGUUAUUACAGUAUUAUUUUAUUAAGGAGGAAAAUAAAUAAUUGUCCAUUCAUGGCAGAGUCCACAACUCCCCUGUCUGUUCCCUACAAAGUGACACAGUGCUUAUUGUUCAGCAACGUUUGCCUGGCUGUGAUUUUUCUCUCUUUCCAUUCCUCAUGUUUGUAUCUACAAUGUUUUCUAGUAGGUCCGAAGCUUUAGUAGAUAAACUUGCAUUUUUUUGUGAUUUCAUUUCAUGUCCCUCUUCUUCUUCUCGAUCGCAAUUUCAUGUCCCUUUUUUCUGUUUAUUACGUUUUCUUUUUUGGUCCUAGUCCUAUGCAAAUGAUGCUAUUUGGUCGGUGAAACCAGGUCAGCUUAGUUUGUGAGCCACUUCCUUGUUGCAGUCCGUUUUCAUUUAGCCUACUCUG